UGCAUGCAUCCAUGCACCUGGCAGGCAACCAAGACGCCAACAGCAGUGACGACCAGCCGCGCACUCUCAAGCGCCCGCGCCUCGUUUGGACCCCGCAGCUGCACAAGCGGUUUGUGGACGCGGUUUCGCAUCUGGGGAUAAAAAACGCGGUGCCUAAGACCAUCAUGCAGCUGAUGAAUGUGGAGGGGCUCACGAGGGAGAAUGUGGCCUCGCAUCUGCAGAAGUACCGACUCUACCUCAAGCGAAUGCAGGGUCACUCUGGCGAUGAUCCAUCAGGGGGCGACCCUCUCUUCUCCUCCACGCCCCUCCCCUCCAGCCUCAACAGCCCCCCUCAGCACUACUUUCCCCCAUCCGCCCCCCCUCCCCCCGCCGCUCCUCCUCCUCUCAACCCCCUAGCCGCUGCCGCUGCUGCUGCUGCCGCAGCAGGGAACCCUAUGGGGAACCUAAGAGGCGCGCUUUCCGCUCUAGGAGCAGCAGGGCUCUCCUCCCUCCCCCCCUCUCUCCACCCAGACGACCCUCUCCUGUCCUCCCCGCACUUCUCUGCUGCUGCUGCUGCAGCUGCUGCCGCAGCGGCAGCAGCAGCUGGAGGAGGGUCGAAUCCUCUUCUCCCAUCCCAGCUAGCAGCAUCUCUUUCCAACUCCCAGCAGCAGCAACAGCAGCAGCAGCAGCAGCAGCAGCAGCAGGCUGCAGCAGCGCAAUAUCUUGCUGCGGCUCACAACCCAGUGGGCAACCCGCUUGGUGCAGCAGCAGCAGCUGCUGCAGCAGCAGCAGAUCCGAUUCUGGGGCGGGCGCUUAGCGCGUAUGCAGCAGCAGCCGCUUUUUACGACCUUCAGAAUAGUCACGCUGGAGCGGGGUUGGGAGGAGGGGGUGGUGGGGGGCCCCAUGGGGUGGGGCCGAACCAGCCACCAGGAGCAGCGGCCGCAGCGGCGGCGGCAGCAGCAGCACAGCAACGGUCACCAUCACUCCCCUUCGCCCCAUCCCAAUUCAACCCCCUGCUCUCUGCUGCUUCAGGGGGAAUGGGGAGCCUUAACCCUGGUGGGUCAGGGAGAAUGGGGAACUUGGGAGGCCCAACAGGGGGGUUGGGAAAUGCAGGAAAUGGGGCUAGAUUUGGUCCUAUGAGUCAUGCUAGAGAUAUAUUUGGGAGGGAUUUUCCGGGUAGUGGUAUGGGGGGGGACAUGGGAGGGGCAGCAGCAGCAAUGGCAGCGGCUGCAGCAGCUGCUGCUGCUGCUGCUGCGUCGGCGGGGGGAGCAGGGGCACCUGCAAGGGCACCGUCACCUGCGCGGCAGGUGUUGAGCCUUUUCCCUGAGCAGCAGUGAGGGCAGGACAAUGGCUGCUUUGAGUUGGCUCAAAGGCUGCUGCUGCCGCAGCAGCAGCUACCGGGGAGGAGCAGCAGCGCUUGCAAGGGCACCGUCACCGGCACGGCAGGUGCUGAGCCCUUUCCCUGAGCAGCAGUGAGGCAGGAGAUUUGAACACAGAUGGUUAGCUGCUGCUGCAGUAGCAGUAGGAAUUGACAGGGUAGCUUAGGAUUUUACACUCUGACAGAUAUAGACCCUGAGAGUGUCCCCACCUGAGACUGCAUCUUCAGACUCUGGAUUUCCUCCUGCAAGUGCCAGUGAGCCUGUCACUGCAGUCAACAUUUGUGAAAGCAGACUGAGUACAGCUAUGUGGAAGGAAUUGCUUGGUGUGAGACCUUUCCUAAACAG